AUGAAAGGGUCAAACUUUGUGGGAUAUGCGAGAAGAAAUUUGUGUAGACCGUUUUUAUUAUCUCGCCCUCAACACAAUGGUUUGGCUACAGCAGCUGCAACUGCUCCAGAACGACAAUGUGGGGCGCGUCAAAGCGAUUCCUUUACCAUGAACAUUUUUCGUGGUCAAUUUGAAACUGCACAAAUAUUUCCUUAUCCUGACGUACUCAAUGAUGAGCAGCACCAAACACUUGCCGAACUUAUACCACCAAUGGAGAAGUUUUUUGAAGAAGUGAAUAAUCCUGCAAAGAAUGAUGCCGAUUGUAAAAUUGAGGAGGACACAAUGUCGGGCCUAUGGGACCUUGGUGCGUUUGGGCUACAAGUUCCUGUGGAGCAUGGAGGACUGGGUCUUUCAAAUUCGCAGUAUGCACGUCUAACGGAAGUUGUGGGUGCACACGAUCUCGGUGUCGGAAUUGCACUAGGUGCUCACCAAUCUAUUGGGUUUAAGGGCAUCUUGCUAUUUGGCACCCCUAAACAGCGUGCGCAUUAUUUGCCUCGUGUAACCAGUGGAGAAUUUGCAGCAUUCUGUCUUACUGAGCCCUCUUCUGGCUCAGACGCCGGCUCUAUUCAGAGCCGAGCAGUUCUGUCACCAGAUGGAAAGCAUUACAUACUCAAUGGAUCUAAAAUUUGGAUAAGUAAUGGCGGUAUCGCAGAGAUAAUGACUGUGUUCGCGCAGACGCCCAUCGAGAAAGAUGGCAAGACUGUGAAUAAGGUCACUGCUUUCAUUGUAGAAAGAUCCUUUGGUGGUGUGACGUCUGGCCCUCCCGAGCACAAAAUGGGUAUCCGGUGUUCAAACACAGCUGAGGUGUAUUUUGAAGAUGUGCGCAUUCCUAUAGAGAAUGUGCUGGGAGGUGUUGGAGAAGGUUUUAAGGUCGCUAUGAAUAUUCUUAACAAUGGCCGUUUUGGAAUGGCAGCUACACUAUCGGGCACACAGCGCGUUGCAAUACGGCAAGCGGCCGAGCACGCUGCAACACGCACUCAAUUUGGCAAGCGCCUAGCUGAUUUCACCAGUAUACAAGAAAAGCUGGCUCGUAUGGCAAUGUUACAGUAUGUUACUGAAUCCAUGGCCUAUCUUAUCAGUGGCACUAUGGAUGCUGGCAAGCAGGAAUAUCACCUUGAGGCAGCAAUCUCUAAAGUGUUUGCAUCUGAUUCCGCGUGGUAUGUGGUCGAUGAGGCCAUUCAAAUUCUGGGCGGAAUGGGCUUCAUGACUUCCACGGGACUAGAACGAGUUUUACGUGACUUACGUAUUUUCCGCAUCUUUGAAGGUACCAACGAUAUCCUACGCCUGUUUGUAGCCCUUACGGGUAUUCAGUUCGCUGGGUCGCACCUUCAAGAGCUCCAACGCGCCUUUAAAAACCCCACUGCAAACCUAGGCCUCAUAUUCAGCGAAGCGGGACGCCGUGCUACCCGCGCAGUGGGUCUACACAGAUCGCCAGAUAUCGACGAACACAUUGCGCCCGAGUUGCGACCCGUCGCACGCAAUCUCGCCCGCUGUGUGGUCACUCUCGGGAUGGUCGUCGAAAGCUGUUUACGUCAAUAUGGUCGUGGAAUCGUGGACGAGCAACAGCUUCUAAAUAGACUCGCCGGUGCCGCUAUUGAUGCUACGUCCAGUGUAGCUGUUCUUUCUCGUUCCACUCGGGCAGUGCGUAUGGGCCUACCUUCCGCUGCGCACGAGUUACGAAUCACCGAAGCUUGGGUAGAGGAGGCCUCGAACCGAAUGGCGAGCCUUUCUGAUCUUCUUGCGCCACGCACCCUCGUCCACCAUUCGCGCCUCACAACUAUUGGCAAAGAUAUCAUUACAAGUGGUGGUCAAAUCUCGCGCACCCCUCUCGACACACGCGCAUCGAAGACUUUAUAA